AUGGAGUACGACGAUGAGGAUGAUCUCCAGCUCUACCAAACGCGGAGCCAGAAGCGCCAGGCUGGCAUUCGACCCGCAAAGUCCAGCCGCCGUGGGCCGGCUGGCGACACAGCCGACGAAGACGAUGGCGACGAUUCUGCAAACAAAGUCGACACGCCCGAGCUUAGUUCUUCAGAUGAGCUAGCCGCAGACGAGGCUCGCCAUCCUUUCUAUCACUACGCUACCGAAAAAGCAGACAGUUUCGCCGAUGCCAAGGUAAUCUAUCAACGCCAUCGACUAGACACGAAGACUUCUCAAGAUUUUGCGGCCCUAUCUCUGAGCAAGUCGGCAACCCUACCUAGUUUUCUUGACGGUGCGCCGGGAGCUGGGGUCAACCGAUCUGGUAGCCUGGCCUCGCGCAAGAGCUUUCGUGGUUCCAGCAGUGGGGGCCAAGGGAUGACUUUCAAGAAGAAAGAACCGUUUCCCAACUUUCAGCCAAGUCCAGAGCCUAAUCAGGACGUCUUCCUCGACGCUGAUAAGAAGGCGCGGUCUCACAAUCACCAUCCCAACCUUCCCCAUGAGUUCAAGGAUCCUCUUCUCGCUCAUGAGGGUGUUCACGGAGCAGGUGCCGGCAUGGGAUUGGGCACUGGGCCUGGGGGUUUGGCAGCGAAUGAGGAAAGCAUCGUCUCUGAAGUACAAGCAAUCUGCGACAAGAUCAAGAAGCUGCUUGACAUGCGACGGCAUUUCAUGAAGCAUUCACUCCAGUGUCCAGGCGACAAUCCCAAGGACUACGACAGCUGGAAGAUCUAUCCACCUCCACCAGAACCUGUUUGGACCGAAGAAAAGGCUCGGUCUGGCGAACUUCCGCCAACACGCAACUCCAGUGCUCUAUAUAUGACGGAUACAAACCGCUCUGAUGUGCUCGGAGAAGGCGAAAAAUGGGUCAUGAUAUUGGUGAAGACUUCGACCCCUCAGAGGUUGAGAUACCUGGUCGAGACGACAGUCAUUCCUUCCGAGGCGGACGGUUCAAGCAUUUAUCAAGUGUACGAUGACAAAGAUAACCCCAUUGCCCAAGUCCCGUCAUUGCGAGAUUAUUAUAUGGCGCUGGACACCAUCCUGGACAUCUGCUCUGAUGGACCAGCAAAAAGCUUUGCCUAUCGUCGAAUGCAGUACCUGGAGGGGCGCUAUAAUCUCUACGCGCUCCUCAACGAGUACGAGGAAGUGGCCGAUACCAAGAAAGUGCCACAUCGCGACUUCUAUAACGUUCGAAAGGUCGACACUCACGUACAUCACUCGGCUUGCAUGAACCAGAAGCACUUGCUCCGCUUCAUCAAAAGCAAAAUGAAAAAGUGCCCUGACGAGGUCGUUAUCGAUCGUGAUGGCAAGCAACUCACUCUCCAGCAGGUCUUCGAGAGCAUCAAUCUCACAGCAUACGACUUAUCCAUCGAUACAUUGGACAUGCAUGCCCAUACAGAUUCCUUCCAUCGCUUCGACAAAUUCAAUCUCAAGUACAACCCUGUGGGCCAGUCUCGCCUCAGAGACAUCUUCCUGAAGACGGACAACUUUGUUAAAGGACGCUACUUGGCUGAAAUCACUCGAGAAGUCAUCGCUGAUCUCGAAGCAAGCAAAUAUCAGAUGGUCGAAUGGCGCAUCAGUAUUUAUGGCCGUAGCAUCAAUGAGUGGGACAAGCUUGCUGCCUGGGUUGUGGACAAUCGACUCUUCUCCCACAACGUACGCUGGCUGGUACAGAUCCCUAGGCUCUUCAGUCUCUACAAAUCGCUAGGUACGAUGAAUUCAUACGACGAACUUCUGCGAAAUAUCUUCCAACCACUUUACGAGGUAACGCAAGAUCCCUCCUCUCAUCCGAAGCUGUACAUUUUUUUGCAGCGAGUCAUUGGGUUCGACAGCGUGGACGAUGAGAGCAAGCCGGAGCGACGCUUAUACCGCAAGUUUCCUGUGCCGAAGGAAUGGGACACGAAGCAGAACCCUCCGUACGGCUACUGGGUUUAUCAUCUGUACGCCAACAUGACUUCCUUGAAUGCGUGGCGACAAGCCCGAGGAUUCAACACCUUCCUGCUACGACCACACUGCGGAGAAGCAGGCGAUACAGACCAUCUUGCUGCCGCAUUCUUGUGCUGCCACAGCAUCAGCCAUGGGAUCAUGCUGCGAAAAGUACCAAUGUUACAAUACCUGUUCUAUCUCGAUCAGAUCGGCAUCGCCAUGUCGCCUUUGAGCAACAACGCAUUGUUCCUGACGUAUGAUCGAAAUCCUUUCAUAAGCUACUUCAAGAAAGGCUUGAAUGUUUCACUCUCUACGGAUGAUCCGUUGCAAUUCGCGUUCACCAAGGAGCCCCUUAUUGAGGAGUAUUCCGUGGCAGCGCAAAUCUACAAGCUGUCAGCUGUCGACAUGUGCGAACUUGCGAAGCAUUCCGUUGAUCAAUCCGGCUUUGAACUGUCAUUGAAGCAACGCUGGCUCGGCAAGUACUGCUACCUGCCUGGAGUACUCGGCAACGAUGUUGCCAAAUGUAAUGUUCCAGAUGUGAGAGAAGCAUUUCGCCAUGAGACACUGAAGGCCGAGCAUCAGUUCAUAGCUAAGUACACGAGUGACUACACGCACCUGGAGCGCUGUACGCCCAGCAUACCAGAGCCCGACGACCCGAAUGCGCCUCUAGAUGAGGUGUAUAACGUGCUCGAGUCACCUAAGAAGUACUACGCCACCGUAGCCGACUCGAUUACACCAGCACAGCAGGCAAGGAUGCCGAAUGCAGCCGCACCUAGCCGCGAGAACAACAAGCUAUCCAACAGCUUUGCUCCAGAGCCUCUGGAGACGAGCACGCGGACGUCGAGGAGGAAGUUCGUGCCAGAACCGGUCGAGACGACGUCUCGCAGUUCAAAGGACAAGGGAGUCGAUCAACAAUCAACACCUCGCCGAUUCGCUCCGGAGCCAAUUGAGACAACCAUCAAGAGCAGCAAAGUCGGCAAGGAUGCUGACAGGCCAGCGUCUGAAGCAAGGCCCGUAGGGAGGAAGUUCGCACCUGAGCCGAUAGCUACCGAGAAGAUUAGUCGCAGACGGAAACCGCAGGCUGCACAGGACGCCGAUAGUAGCCCAGAGCAAACGCAGAAGGAGCAAUCGCAGAGCUCGAGUCAGAGCUCGAACGGCGCUCGCAGAUUCUCGCCGGAGCUACUUGAGACCGCCAAGGGUACGUAUCGGCAGGAGAAGAAGCCUCCCAUUGGAGUCGAGAAGGCAUCAACCAAGUCAUCGAAAAAGACCCAAGAAGACGAUGAAGAAGAGACCGACGACGACGUGCCGGCCCUAUCUGAAUCCAGAUUCUCUGCUGCCUCGCUAGCCAAACGGAACUACGAGCAGCAGAGGCGUCACUCAUUCGCUGUACCGGAUCUGGACAUUAUCGAAUCUGAUUCAGGGGACGAAUCGUCGGCUCCUUCGUUGACUAAUUCGCGCUCAUCUGCUGAGUCGGAGAAGCAAAGGAGGAACAGCCGGCGGACUGGAGGCGAGACGUAUACAGACUAUGUCCUCAGACUAGCCGCGCAGACCACAUCGGAGAAAGACUUGCACGACACGGCGAUGGCAGCAUAUAUUAAUGAGGUCCCGCAUCAUGCGCCCGGUCACUAUGGCUUCGAUGAUGAGGACGAGAUACUCAGUCGGAAGGGGAACUUCUCGGGUCAGAAUGGUGCCGACAUUCGGCUUUUCAGGAGGCAUUCACAGGACGAUCAUGAUUGGGAGAUGUCGGAGAUGCGACGCCACCAUGCACAGCUAGAAGAAGCGAAGCGAGAAUUCAAGCAUGACACCGCCGGACACAGCAGGUUCAGCAGUAUUGCGCUCGCCACUCGGCAUAAGCUCGAGGCCGAGAAGCAGAAGCAGAGCAGGAAGGUCAAGGCUACCGAGGACGCAGAGCUAUCCAAAAUGCGUGCCGCCGCGUCGCCACCGAUGGCAGGCGCGGACCUGAUCUUCCCACAGACCAUUUCGCCCAAGAUGACACGGUGUGAGACAGAUCAACACCCGCGGCCCAGGUGCGCCGACUCAGAUGACGACGAGGAGGAGAUCGGGCAGCAAUCCCUCUGGGCGACCAGAGUGACACGACUGAUAGAGUCCAAUCCAGCCAGCCCUGGCCUCUGGGGCGGAUGCUGCAAUGGCGGCGAGAAUAGCCCUCCGGUCGGGCCUCAACGCCUUGGCCUCCAGACACCCGCACUUGAGCGAGAUAACCCUUUCGAGACGGCCACACCGGGCCGCAAGACGCCCGGUACUAGAACGCCCGGUGGCAGCAAGACACCUCGACGCAGGAUGUAUGGCAUGAAUCUUAUGCCUUUGACGCCGCAACGGACCAAUGAGGACGAUGCGUUCACUUCGUCCGUCGACAAGAAGCUACAGCUGGAACGCCAGAUCGAGGAAGAAUUUCCCGACAGCGUCGUCACGCAGAUCUACAACUAUCUUUCCCUGGGCUAUCCGUCCUUGGCAUGGCAGUUUGAUGCGGAGCUCUCCAAGAUCAGUCGCAUUAGUGUCGAAGAUCUGCGAAAGGACGAUCAGCGGAUGGAUGCGAAGGGCUAUGUUGGCGCGCCUGAGGGCGAUGGCUGCAAGGAAGAGGACGUCACAGGAGGUGCUUGUCGACGGUGGGAAGCGCUCAGGCUGUAUGUCAGGGAGUGGGCGCGGCAGAGCCCGAACUUCGUGCUUGAGGGUAAUAUUGGUGGUGUUGGGAUGGGUAGAGGCGCAGAGGGGUGGGGUGGUAAUGUUGGGGUGAGGAAAGGGAGCUGGGCUCAUUGA